AAAUCCACUCUUACAACGUAAAAACUAAACCCCUGUUUAUCCCUCUUCUGUUUCUCCCUCCAAAACUUCUCCAAUGGCGGUUGCAGAGCUAAGUCACGCUUACACCACUCAAACCCACCUCACUAACCCACAAUUAUUUUCAGCUCAUCAGAUUUCCCAACAUGGCCGAUGUCGCCUCAGUUUCCGACAUCUUCUUCGUACCCCGACAACAACCUUAAUCCGAUGUUCUGUUACCUCAGACAAAGUUGAAGCACCGGUUGGUAUUGAUCCAAAACCAAAGAAUGAAUGCUAUGGUGUCUUUUGUCUCACUUAUGAUCUCAAGGCUGAAGAACAAACAAAGUCAUGGAAGAAAAUGAUAAAUGUGGCAGUUUCAGGGGCUGCUGGGAUGAUAUCAAACCAUUUACUCUUCAAGCUUGCAUCUGGGGAGGUUUUUGGUCCAGAUCAACCUAUUGCUCUGAAACUUUUGGGUUCUGAAAGAUCAUUUGCAGCUCUUGAAGGAGUGGCAAUGGAACUUGAGGACUCUCUAUAUCCAUUGUUGAGAGAGGUGAGCAUUGGGAUUGAUCCAUAUGAGGUAUUCGAAGAUGUAGAAUGGGCUCUUCUGAUUGGAGCAAAGCCUAGAGGACCUGGAAUGGAAAGAGCCGACUUGUUGGACAUUAACGGGCAAAUAUUUGCUGAGCAGGGAAAAGCUCUCAAUGCCGUUGCUUCACGUAAUGUCAAGGUCAUGGUGGUGGGCAACCCAUGCAAUACAAAUGCUUUGAUCUGUAUGAAGAACGCUCCAAACAUACCUGCGAAGAAUUUUCAUGCUUUAACUAGACUAGAUGAGAAUAGAGCGAAAUGCCAGUUGGCUCUUAAAGCAGGAGUUUUCUAUGAUAAAGUCUCUAACGUCACCAUUUGGGGAAACCACUCAACAACUCAGGUCCCUGACUUUCUAAAUGCUAAAAUACAUGGAAUUCCUGUCCCGGAGGUUAUUAGAGAUAGGAAAUGGUUAGAAGAAGAUUUUACUCAAAUCGUUCAGACGAGAGGCGGAGCUCUAAUAAAGAAAUGGGGAAGAUCUUCAGCGGCAUCAACUGCUGUUUCUAUUGUGGAUGCAAUAAAGUCUCUUGUAACACCCACACCUGAGGGGGAUUGGUUCUCAACUGGAGUUUACACAACUGGAAAUCCAUAUGGAAUAGCAGAGGAUAUUGUUUUCAGCAUGCCCUGCAGGUCGAAGGGUGAUGGUGAUUACGAGCUUGUUAAAGAUGUGAUAUUCGAUGACUAUCUCCGUAAAAAAAUUAAAAAGUCCGAGGAUGAGCUGCUUGCUGAAAAGAAAUGUGUAGCACACCUAACGGGAGAGGGUAUUGCUGUCUGUGACCUACCAGAGGAUACAAUGCUUCCAGGAGAAGUGUAGAACGAGCUAAAUACUAGUUACGAUCGAAAAUUUAUCGGGCAUACCACCCCAAUACUGAGCAGGAAACAGGAUUAGAGCCAUGUUCCUAUUAUUGAACAUUAUAGUUGCCAAUAAUGAGCGAUUAUGACACCGAGUAGUUUGAGGUAUUUAUAAUGCUGUCUACAGGUUUUCGUUCAUUGUCAUCUUGGUCGAACUUGAUAAACAUGUACACUAUGCACUUGCUCAUUUGUUCACAUAGUUCAAUGUAAUACAUUUGCUUGUUCACGUGAA